AUGACAGCUGUAGAAGGUGUCUUCCUCCUGGCUCUCAUCUCAGCUGCUCAGGGCCAGUCCCUCACCUCCUCAGAGCCGGUGGUCAAGAGAGCUGGACAGUCAGUCACUCUGUCCUGCAAAGUGUCUGGACUUUCUCUGGCUUGGCUGCACUGGAUUCGCCAGAAACCAGGCAGGGGACUGGAAUGGAUUAGGCGCAUUGAUAGCGGAACUGGCGCAAUAUUUGCCCAAGCCGUCCAAGGCCAGUUCAGCAUCACCAAAGACAGUUCCCAAAAUGCAGUGUAUCUGCAGAUGAACAGUCUGAAGACUGAAGACUCGGCUGUUUACUACUGUGCACGAACAAAACACAGUGAUACAGGAGGCCACAGACACUGUGAUGCUUUCGACUACUGGGGCAGCGGGACCAAAGUCUCUGUUUCCUCAGCCAACACAGUUGCACCGGUUGUAUUCCCUUUGACACAAUGUAACUCUGGGACCGGAGAGGCAGUCACUGUUGGCUGUCUUGCCUCCGGCUUCUACCCAGAUGACCUAACCUUCACCUGGAAAGACGCCAGUGGGAAAGCCCUGACUGCUGUUCAGUAUCCUCCAGUUCUGAAUAACAACAGGUACACGGGGGUCAGUUUGCUGCAAGUACAGAGAGCCGACUGGGAUUCUUCUGUGUCUUUUCGUUGUUCCGUGGAUCAUGCAGGAGUCCCCCAAAAUGUGGCAGUGCAAAAGGUCAUAAAUCCUCCUGUGGUGACUUUGCAGCCCGUGCCUAAUGGAGACACCUACUCCCUAAUAUGUAUGAUUGAGGAUUCGCCCUCAAAAAUCUCGUCAGUCGCAUGGAAAAAGAACGAGGAGGAGGUGACACAGGCCACAGGUCCACAGCCUCCACCUUUACAGCCCUCUUCCUUUUCUCUGUCUCCUAUAGCAUGUCGUCACAGCAUCCUCAGCGUUUGCAACCUUCUUAUAGAUGUUAUAAGCAUUCUGGGAGACAGGGCAGUCAGCAGCCAGACACUGGACCUGCUCCACCAGCUGCCCCCUCAGCCUGAGGGCUCAAGGAGAGGAUGGGGGUCUGCAGCACUCUCCUCCUACCACAGGACAGCGCCUUUGCUGUGGAGAUUGGACUCAUCAAGACUCUCCGAAGAGCAGGUCAUGACCUUUCUGAUGACCUUGGCUGCGUCCCAGUUCAGUGCAACAAGACUGAAAGCAACGCAGGAAAAUCUGAAGUCUGCUAUUUCAGAUCACUGCAAGAGGGAAAACCAUCUAAUGAACUGGGACGCAGCCAAGGUCAUCAGAACGGAAAGCAACAGGCUCCAUCGGUGGAUAAAGGAGGCGGUUGAAAUCAGGAAGCGGGCCCCAAAGACUGUCAACUGGGAUGAAGGAGCCUACCAACUUUCCCACACCUGGGACACAGUCCUGCAGGGCCACCCCCGGUCGUUCAGCAGACCACCAGACGGCAGAGGGCGCCCCGCCCCUGGACACCGCCAUCCCAUCACUUCAGUCUCCCCUACUGUGUUUCCUCUGGUACAAUGUGGUUCUGAGAAAAACACGGUGACUGUCGGUGUCCUCGCCACCGGCUUCACGCCCGCCUCCCUGACCUUCAGCUGUGCCACUGCCAGCGGGACGAACCUGCCCGACUCUCUUCAGUACCCUGCAGUUCAGAAGGACAGCUACUAUUCAGCGGUCAGCCAGAUCCGAGUGAAGAGAUCAGACUUGAAACAAAACGUUAGCUGUACCGUGAACCAUCCAGCAGGAUCAGUUAAGGUCCCCAUUCCCAAACCAAAGCCGGUAACUCGUCCUGCGGUGACUUUGCAGCCCGUGCCUAAUGGAGACACCUACUCCCUAAUAUGUAUGAUUGAGGAUUUGUCCUCAACAAUCUCAUCAGUCACAUGGAAAAAGAACGAGGAGGAGGUGACACAGGGCAAAAUAUCUACAGCUAGAGGCAGCGACUCACUUAUCAGUGUCCUGACAGUCGACAAGACGGACUGGGAGAGUAAAUCUGUCUUCAGCUGUGAGGUUCCUCAUCCUGGAGGACCGAUUACCAAGAAGACUUCCAGUGCUUUCAUCACAGUGAAACUAAACCCUCCAAAUGCAAAAAAGCUUUUCUCAGACAAUGAAGUAGAGCUGGACUGCACCAUCACAGGAGAGGACAAAAACAUUGUAUCUAAAACUAUAAUCACCUGGAAAAUUAAUGACAACAGUUAUACCAACAAUAUCACUGUCAAGAAAGACAGUGAGAAGAGUAAAACCAGUAAACUGCUCCUAAGCUUGCAGGACUGGAGAAGUGUAAGAAAAGUCGGCUGUUUUGCUUACAAGGAAGAAGGCAUGGCGCCAGUCACUCAAAAUCUCACUGUCCACCAAGGAGGUGAAGCCACGAUUAAACCUGUAGUCCACGUUCUCCGAGAAGAAGACAUACCUAAGGGAGAAUCAGUCGAUAAGGUCACUCUGGUGUGUCUGGUGUCCAGCACCUCGCAGUCUGACUACUAUAUCACCUGGAGUGAACAAGACAGAGGUCAGGUUUUAGACUUCCAAGAUGGUAUCGACUCCCCCCCACAAAAGACCCAGAAUGGCUACUCCGUCACAAGUGUGUACACCACCAGCAAGAAGAAGUGGGACGACAAGGUCAUUUUCACCUGCAAAGUCUGGCCCGCUGGUGCCAGCACCUUCAUGAAGUCAGCAGGAGUGCAGGGUAAAGCAGUUGUCUGUUGAGUGGAGUCAAUUCAGCUUUAAAUGUUGUGUUUUGCAGUGUGUUCCUCUGUGUGUCUGCGUGCACCCCGUGCUGUGGAAAGUGUGCCCUCUGCGGCAGCAGCAAUCUGUGACUUUGUUAACAUGACAGUCAGCGCGUCAGCUGAGUUUUGUUUGUCAUCAUAUUGUGUGCUGUUACAUUAGAGUCUCUUGUGCAAGUGAACGCCCUGUCUUUAUCAAACUGUCUUGGCUUGCAAAGUGUGUUUCAAU